GUCUUGUGCAACCCUUAAAAGACAGUGGUUAAACAGGAUUCUCAGUCAUUCACAGUGGCGAAGGAACUCAAGAAUUCAAGAACUCUACUCUCUGUCUGUGGAUCCAGAAUCACAAACACCAGCUCUGCACUGUUCUUUUCUACAAAACAGAGCGAUGGCUUCAGAAGAGAGCCAGUGGACUGAAACAGAGAAAGAAACGUAUGAACUUGACUCGUCACUGGGCUCUGAGAUUGAUGAACUAUAUGAAAAUGUAAGAGCAAAUUCAAAAUCACCAACUUGGCAAGCUGAGGCUGAGGCAGAGGAAUUGCGCAUCAUGUUACUGGGUGCUCGAGGGUCUGGAAAAAGUUCAUCUGGAAACACCAUCCUCAGAUGUAACGCCUUCAACACGGACAUGCAGCUGAGCAGAGUCACACAGUUCUGUGAAAGAGCUUCCGGAAACAUCAACAGCCGACCCGUGGCCAUAAUCGACACGCCGGGACUGAAUAAGAUCAAUCGAAUGGAGAAGGAGGUGAUCAGGGAGAUCAUGAAAUCUAUCUCGCUCUAUAAGCCAGGACCACACGUGUUUCUGCUGAUUCAGCCGGUGGGAAACUUAACCAAUGAGGACAAGAACAUACAUAAAUUAAUCCAGAACAUGUUCGGGAAGAAAGUUUGGAAUUACACAGUGGUUCUGUUCACACACGGAGAUCGACUAGAGGGGAAAAUACCAAAUGAUGUGAUUGCCAGCUCAGAUAAAGACCUUAGAGAUUUUAUCCGCACAUGCAGUGGUGGAUUUGUGUUCUUCAAUAACAAGAACAUGGAAAACUUUGAGCAAGUGACCAAACUACUGGAGAAGAUUGAAGCCUUGGUGGCCAUCAAUGGCAGAAGCUGCUACAAAACGUCGUUUUACCCAAGCUCAGAGAGAAAGCUACGUGAAAAACAAGAGAAGAUUCUGGAGGAGAGGCAGGAAGAGAUUGCACGAAAGGAGAGAGAGCUGGAGGAGAAUCAUGAAGAUAGGGAGGAGUUAGAAAGGAAAAAGCGUGAGCUCCGGAGAGAAGAAGAGGAAGAUGCACGGAGACUAGCUGAGAAUCCACCAAGACGCAAAACUCUAGCUGUAAAUCUCACCAGAGCCCCCUCAACUAUAAGAUCAUAGAUCAUCCACUAAUCAAACCAUUUUAUGAGCAUCUCAGGACCUUCUUCAUGAAUAAUGGAGAUUUAACAUUCCCUGUAGGUGAUGAUCUAUAGAUUUUGCACUGUUCAGGUUUUACUUUGGGCCUGUUUAUUAUUGUUGUGCUGUUUUAAUUUAGUACAUUAUUAAUUGUGGACGUAGGUAAUAAUUC